AUGAAGCUCGUCUCGCUCCUCGUCCUCCUGCCCCUACUCGCAGGCAGCGUGAGCGGUAGCACGCGUCUGGAGCGUUCGGUUCGAUCCACGCCUCCCUCGUCGUCGUCGGCCGCCGCCAGACCGUCGAGCGGGGGGGACGCAGCGGCGCUCCUGACGGCGGCGCGCAACAAGCUCGAGGAGACCGAAGACGCCCUACUCCACAGCCUCAUUGCGCGCGGCAAGCUGGCCGGCGUGCACGGCGGCAGCGGCGUGUCGGACUGGCACGGGUGCGCCGACGUCUUCAAGUCGCUGCCCGCCAUGCCGCGCGACAAUACCACGUUGCCGCACCAAUGGAAGGGACACGCCAACCAGCCGGACUUUCUCCUCGCCCACGUCCCAUCCUCGACCGCCACCACCGCCGACGACGACGCCGGUGGUGCCUCGUCGUCAUCGACGAUCGAUCGAUUCUUCUACGCCAACAUCGCAGGUGCCCUCUCGGGGUCGCCCACGACUGCGGCGGGUGCGGCGGCGAAGGCAGGAGGGGCAGUGGCAGAGGCAGGAGCAGGGGCGACGCGCGCCGAGAUGCUGGCGUCGUCGUUGAGCCUGCAGCUCAUCUCGGACCGUAUCCACAUCGGCGAGGACGUGGCGCGCGCCAAGUUGGCCCAGGACCGGCAGACGCUCUGCCCGCUCAUCGCCGCUCGGGACAGCCAGGGCCUGGUGAAAGCCGUGACGAAUACGACGCAGGAGCAGGCCGUCCUCGAUCGUGUGCUGCGCAAGGUCUCUAUCUGGUCCGCCCGUCCCGCCCCCGCCCCCGCCCCCGCCGCCGGCGCUGGUACUGCCAAUACCGCUCCUGCCACCACCAGCACUACCUCCGCCGCCACCUCGGACCCUGACGCGGCCCGGAUCGAGACGUUUGCAAACAACGUACAGCAAUUGUUCAAGCAGUUCCUGAUCCCGCUCACGACGCAGCUCGAAGUCGUCUACCUCCUCAGCAUCAAGUGCGACUAG